AUGAGGGCUGCCUGGAUGCUGCUGGCCUGCUGCUGCCUGGUUUUGAGUGCCAUGAAGGACCCUUUCAAAGAUUUUAAUCUCCAGAAGCUUAACUCAAGUGUGAAGCCAGGGUUCCCCAAAACAAUAAAGACCAAUGACCCAGGAGUCCUCAAAGCUGCCAGACACAGCGUUGAAAGGUUUAAUAACUGCACAAAUGAUAUUUUCUUAUUCAAAGAGUCCCACAUCAAAAGAGCCCUUGUCCAGAUAGUGAAAGGCCUGAAAUACAUGCUGGAUGUGGAGAUCGCCAGGACAAUCUGCAAGAAAAACGGGCAGCGCAAUCUGGACACCUGUGACUUUCAGACUAACCACACCUUGGCUCAGACAUUCAGCUGCUACUCUGAGAUCUGGGUCAUUCCCUGGCUUCACAAGUUCACAGUGCCUGUUCUCCUCUGCCACUGACAUUCUUCUCUGUACGACUGAAGCUGCAACCAAAUGGGCCAUCCUCUGUGCUACCUUCAGUCACAGCGUCAAUACUCAGCUACUAGACACUCUGGAGGCAACUGAGGUGGAACCUUUCAUGCGAGCAAAAAGGAAGGGCAAGUGGGUUCAGGAUAGCAUAGCUGUUUCUUUACACUACUCGAGAACAUGAAACUGAGUAUAGAAUUAUUUGAAUCGGGAGCUGGCCCAGGGGAGGUGAGUCCUGACCAUCUGCAGAGGUUGCCCAUGUGCACUGGUCCUAGACAUCCACCCAUUCAUGAGUAGUCAUAGCAUCACAUGGGAACUAAG